UGGGAAACAAGCUUUGACAGACAGAACAUCUUGCUCAAAUUGAAUGUCGAAUUCCCAUAACAGACAGUAGGGGGCGUCGAACACACACAAACCCAACUAGCCGGGCGUCAGCAGCACGGCCACACCUCAAAAGGGUCACCUGACCAAUCAGCCAGCCUGGAACAUUUACCACAACCAAUCAGCGUCCACGCGUCACCAUACUGACCAAUCGGAGGCUAUGUGAGGCGGGAUUAGAAUUACAGUCGCUUCCUACAUUUCUAUGCUACUUCUGGCUCACCAGUAUCUUUCAUAUUAAACCCGGCAUAUCUGUAAAAGUAUUAGUUAUCACGACCGCAGCGGAACGGGACAGCUCCGCGAUGGGUUUCCUGACGAUUUUGAAGAAGAUGAAGCAGAAGGAGCGGGAGAUGAGGCUUCUGAUGUUAGGUCUGGACAACGCGGGGAAGACCACCAUCCUGAAGAAGUUCAACGGCGAGGACGUCAGCACCAUCUCCCCAACCCUGGGCUUCAACAUCAAAACACUGGAGCACAAAGGGUUUAAACUGAAUAUUUGGGACGUAGGAGGUCAGAAGUCACUGCGUUCCUACUGGAAGAACUACUUUGAGAGCACCGACGGGCUGGUGUGGGUGGUGGACAGUGCAGACAGACUCCGACUGCAGGACUGCCGACAGGAGCUCAGUGCACUGCUGCUGGAGGAGAGGUUAGCUGGUGCAACACUUUUGGUUUUUGCCAACAAACAGGAUUUACCAGGAUCCCUGUCAAAAGAGGCGAUACGAGAGGCAUUGGCUCUGGAUGAGAUUAAAAGUCAUCACUGGUGUAUCAUUGGUUGCAGUGCGGUGACGGGAGAGAAUCUGUUAACCGGCGUGGACUGGCUAUUAGACGAUAUUGCCGCGAGGAUCUUCACUGCAGACUGAGUGUUGGUGUUUUUAUCAUGCGCACAAACAGAAGCCUUUUGUUUGACUCCUGAAUACCUACUGGACUAUAAAGAACUGAAAUGUAAAUAAUUUUGUUUCAUGAGGUAAUUUGGUCAGCAGGCCUACAGGGGUGUAUUCCAGAAAGCAGGUUUUGCUUAAACUGAGUUUUUUUUUAAUCCUGAAAAGAGGGAAACUCUGGGUUUUCUGUUCUAGAAACCAAGUGAAGUUAAACUUUAGGUCGGUUACCAUGGUAACUGACUGAACCAAACUUGGCAGGUUUUCUUUGUUUUUUAUGCAGUUUCUCCUUAUCCCCUCCCCUUUUCUGAACCCGGUCUAGCUGUCAAAAAAUAAGGUCUCCUUUCCUUGUCGACCUGAUCGAUAUGGAAGUAGAAUUAAUUCAGUAGCCUCACGUCGAGAGAUGUUAACCGUAUAAAUGCUUUCAUUCCCUGACAACUUCUUAGUAGAAAUUUACUGUUUCUCUCAGAAUCAUCGCGUAUCUGAACAAUAUUCUCCCGCUUUAUUUCCAGCAUUUUAAUUUCAGAGGCAUCCUCCAACCAGAGCAAAUUGUUUGCAUUGCCCCUAUUUUUUUUUUUUUUUAAACUAGGGGAGUUUUCUGUACAAGUUGGAAAAAACUGAUAUUUCCUUUGUUUAAUGUGUGAAAUCUAAUUAAAACAUGCUUUAAAUUA